CAUUCUUUCCUACGUGAAUAAGAACAUGAAUGAUAGUUGUUAGGAAGAUGAGAGCGUUGGAUCCUCUCGACGCUGCAAUAAGAGGAAAAUUCAGCUUCUGUUAAGUAGGGAGGUGGUAUCCCUGCUACGUGACAGCAACGAAGGCUUACAAACAACUAAAAGAGUUCGUGCGAAGUAGUGGCCUUUUGCAUGGCAAUUUGUAUUGCAUAGCUCCGGUAGUUGCACAUGUAACUCCCACAAUUAUGACUAUAUUAAUAAUAAUUUGAUUCUUUUUCAUGCCGCACGCAUUGGUUGUUUCUUAGAAUCAACAAAAAAAAAAGAUUUAUGCACGUUAGCUGUUUAAACAAAAAAAAGAAAAAAGAAAAAAGGAAUUUAGUUGACUCAAACUCAAAACUGGACGAGAAAUGCUCUUUCUACGCGCCUCAAAAAGUUAUUUUAACUCGCAAACUCUAUUGUUUCAUCACGCAUGUCUUCGCGUUUCUGCAAUAAAGAGAUUGGAAAUAAGGUUUCGUCGCAGUGCCAUCAUUUCAAAGACCAAGAGUCAUUCUUCCAGUCUCUGCAGCACUGGACUUGAUAUUGAACAUGUCUUCCUACUUGAUAUUCUUGACCCUCUCUAUCCUGGCGUUGAACUCGCACUCGAUCGACGCCUUCUACCUUCCUGGAAGUUACAUGCACACGUACUCGCAAGGCGAAGCCAUCUCCGUUAAAGUCAACUCGCUCACGUCGAUCGAAACCGAGCUCCCCUUCAGCUACUACAGCCUCCCCUACUGCCGUCCCCAAGGCGGAAUCAAAAAGAGCGCGGAGAAUUUAGGCGAAAUCCUGAUGGGCGAUCAGAUCGACAACUCUCCAUACCGAUUCCGCAUCAACGUCAACGAGUCCCUCUAUCUUUGUACCACCAACCCGCUAGAUCAGCAGGAGGCCAAUCUCUUAAAGCAGAGGGCCCGCGAUCUCUAUCAGGUCAACGUGAUCCUCGACAACCUCCCUGUAAUGAGGUUCAUCGAACAAAAUGGCGUUACCAUCCAAUGGACCGGAUUUCCCGUCGGCUACACCUCAUCAGGAAGCUCCGACGCGUACAUCGUUAAUCACUUGAAGUUUAAGGUCUUGGUCCAUGAGUACGAAGGGAAUGGUGUGGCUGUCAUCGCUAGCGAAGACGGUCUCGGAGUGGUUCAGGAUGAUAACAAGAAGGGCUAUCAGAUUGUCGGGUUUGAAGUUAUUCCUUGCAGCGUGAAGCGCGAUCCCGAUACCAUGUUGAAGCUCAAAAUGUAUGAUAAAAUCGACCCUAUAAACUGCCCGAUUGAUCUCGACAAGUCUCAGGUGAUUUGGGAGAAUGAGAGGAUCGCGUUUACCUAUGAAGUCGAGUUUGUGAAGAGCGACAUCAAAUGGCCCUCGCGGUGGGACGCGUAUUUGAAAAUGGAAGGCGCGAAUGUCCAUUGGUACUCGAUCAUAAACUCCUUGACGGUUAUCUUUUUCCUGGCCGGCAUAGUGCUUAUUAUAUUCCUUCGAACCGUUCGGCGGGAUCUGACUAGAUAUGAGGAGAUGGAUAAAGAAGCCCAAGCUCAGAUGAACGAGGAGCAAUUGGGCUGGAAACUCGUCGUGGGCGAGGUCUUUAGAGAACCAACUUGCGCAUUACUGCUUUGCGUGAUGGUUGGAGACGGCAUUCAGAUUCUGGGCAUGGCAGUUGUUACAAUCGUCUUUGCCGCUCUCGGAUUCUUGUCUCCUGCCAUGCGAGGAAUGCUCUUGACGGGGAUGAUUCUUCUCUAUCUAGUCCUCGGAGUCACAGCUGGUUAUGUCGGAGUUAGGCUCUGGAAGACCAUAAAAGGAAGCUCCAAAGGAUGGAAGUUGGUUUCCUGGUCAAUUGCCUGCUUCUUCUCAGGCAUAGUAUUCGUGGUUCUAACCGCAUUGAACUUCAUACUUUGGCGAAGCAAGAGCACCGGAGCUCUCCCUGUCUCAUUAUUCAUCAUUCUCUUAGCCAUGUGGUUCUGCAUCUCAGUGCCUCUUACCCUCUGGGGAGGUUCCUUAGGCGAAAAAGCCAAGGACAUAGAAAUCCCUGUCCGAACCAACCAAAUACCGCGAGAGAUCCCCGAACGCAGCUACCCUUCCUGGUUCCUUGUUCUCGGCGCCGGAACACUACCCUUUGGUACCCUCUUCAUCGAGCUCUUCUUCAUCCUCUCUAGCAUUUGGCUAGGGAGGUUCUAUUACGUGUUCGGCUUCCUACUUGUUGUCCUUAUUUUGCUCCUCAUCGUCUGCGGCGAAGUCUCUGUGGUCCUCACUUACAUGAAUCUUUGUGUGGAGGAUUGGAGGUGGUGGUGGAAAGCUUUCUUUGCUUCCGGCUCCGUUUCGUUCUAUGUUUUCUUAUACUCCAUCAACUACCUGGUGUUUGAGCUUAGGAGCUUGAGUGGCCCUGUUUCAGCUGCACUCUACCUUGGCUAUUCCCUGAUCACGGCUUUCGCCAUUUUGCUAGCCACUGGAUCGAUCGGCUUCUUGAUGUCAUUCUAUUUCGUUCAUUAUAUCUUCUCCUCUGUUAAGAUUGAUUAGACUUCCUCUUCUCUUAGCUACAACAUUGUCACUGCUUUCGAACAGGUUCUCUUAAAUCCCUUAUCUCGCACAUCCUUAAAGCUGGAACCUAGCAGGACACUCUUACUUGCAUUUUCAACUCUAAGAGGCUCAGGCCAUUAUCUGUUUUCCAUAAUGUUUUGUCAUUGGCAUUUGUUUCAAUGUAUGUGUUACUGUAAGACAUACUUUUUUAAGUUCCAAAGAAGUAAAAUUUACCUUUCCAUUGCUUUUUUUUCUCA